AUGAAAGUUUUACAGUACGCUACCCUUGCUACCGCCGCUCUGGUCAAUUCAGUAAUUGGAAAAUCGGUCCGCGACACAUGUAACGGCACGCUUAAGACAAAGUUGGUCGACUUAGCAACCGAAUCAGCUGUUCUGCAAACGCUUGUGGCGUCCGUGUCGGAGGCGGAUCUCCUAGACCUGCUAGCAGGCUCUGUAGACUACACAAUAUUUGCCCCAACCGACGAUGCCUUCCAGGCGCUGGACGAGACAUUGAUAAUGUCAGACAUGUCGCUAGUAGAUGUGGUUGAAAACAAGGAACUAUUGACUAAUAUACUAGCACUUCAUUUUGUGCCCUUGGAGUAUUCGUCAGAUGAGCUCAAGGAGGGUCAGCAGCUAGAAUCCGUCGGAGGACCACUUACGAUCAGUUUAUUGGAUGGCGGAUCUGUGACUGGCCCCACUAACACGGCCAACUUCAUAGCACUUGACCUUGUUGCUUGCAAUGGUGUUGUGCACGUCAUCGAUACCGUGUUGCUGCCUGCUACGGAUGGUAUGACCAUAUCUGUGACAGAAACGGAGGGAGAUAUAUAUUCAGAUGAUGAUGAUGAUGGUGAUGAUGUUGUUGUAGCACAACCGAAUCCUAACCCUGCGACCGACGUUGAUGGUGAUGAACAACAGGUGCCCGUGACCAAUGUGGAUGGUGACGAUGAUAACGAUGAUGACGUGGCGCAACAGGUACCCAACACAAACGUGGGUGAUGAUGAUGAUGAUGAUGAUGGUGACGUCGUGGCCCAAGUACCAACCACAAACAACGUGGUUGAUGAUGAUGAUGGUGAUGAUGAUGACGCCGUGGCCCAACAAGUACCAACCACAAACAACGUGGUUGGUGAUGAUGAUGAUGAUGAUGAUGACGUCGUAGCCCAACAAGUACCAACCACAAACAACGUGGGUGAUGAUGAUGAUGAUGAUAACGUCGUGGCCCAGCAAGUACCAACCACAAACAAUGUGGGUGAUGAUGAUGAUGACGAUGAUGAUGAUAAUGCCGUGACGCAGCAAGUACCAACGGUCAACGUAGGUGAUGAUGAUGAUAAUGAUACGGACCUUGGUGUUGAAGUCGGUGGUGAUUAA